GCAGGCGAAGCCAGCACAGCACAGCACAGCACAGCACAGCGCACAGCAACGCUGCAGGAGGGUAGCGGGCGCACUGGCGCUUUGUUAUUAUUAUUACACACAGCGCUUUAAGAAAUGUGGACAGCUAUAGGGAGAGUAAUACUGGUACAGCUGCUACUGCUGAAGCAGCACUCUUCAAAAGGGACUAAAACUGAAUGCGAAAACGGACAAUUUCAAUGCAAGAAUGAAAGGUGCAUACCUAUAAUUUGGAGAUGCGAUGAUGACGAUGAUUGCUCGGACAACAGCGACGAAGAAAACUGUGUGAAGAAGACAUGUGCCCCGACGGACUUCACCUGUCAGAACGGCCAGUGCAUCCCUGCCAGGUGGCUCUGUGAUGGGGAGGCAGAAUGCUCCGAUGGAUCUGACGAGGCAGGAUCCACGUGCAGCCGACAGACGUGCCCGCCUGAGAAAUUCAACUGCGGGGGCUCCAGUAAUAAGUGCAUCUCGUUGUCAUGGCAAUGCGACGGGGAGACAGACUGUGAGACCGGCAUGGAUGAGGCUGAGUGCCCUUCAGACAUGAAGCCCUGCCCCUCCAGCGAGUUCCAUUGCCGGAGCAGGAAGUGCAUCGCCCCCAUCUUCGUGUGCGACGGGGACGAUGACUGCGGAGACGGGAGUGACGAGGAACGCUGCUCGGAACCCGCCUGCGGCCCCUUGGAGUUCCGCUGCAACAACUCUGCCUGCAUCCCCCAGCUGUGGAGCUGCGAUGGGGACCCCGACUGUCCGGACCGGUCAGACGAGUCUAUUGAGCGCUGCGGCCGCCGGACCAAGCUGGACAAACCCCGCUGCACCCCCGGAGAGUUCCAGUGUGCCAGCGGGGAGUGCGUCCACCUGAGCUGGAAGUGCGACGGAGACUCGGACUGCAAGGACAAAUCUGACGAGAGCAGCUGCCCCCUUGUGACGUGCCGGCCUGAUGAGUUUCAGUGUGGGGACGGCUCCUGUAUUCCAGGCAUGAAGCAGUGUGACAAGGCACACGACUGUCCGGAUUACAGCGACGAGGCAGGCUGUGUGAAUGUGAGCACGUGCAACGGACCGGCAAGCUUCCAGUGCAACAGUGGCGAGUGCAUUGACAGCAGCAAGGUGUGCGACUCUUUCAAAGACUGCAGAGACUGGUCUGAUGAACCCAUCAAGAAAUGUGGCUUGAAUGAAUGCGCUGUCAACAAUGGCGGUUGCUCCCACAUGUGCACGGACCUGCGGAUCGGCCAUGAAUGCGAAUGCCCCGCGGGAUACAAGCUGCUGGACAAGAAGACUUGCGGAGACCUAGAUGAAUGUGAGAAUCCGGACGCAUGUGAUCAGAUCUGCAUCAAUUACAAAGGAGACUACAAGUGUGAGUGCUACGAAGGCUAUGAGAUGGAUGCCGUGAGCAAGACCUGCAAGGCAGUGGGAACAGCACCUAAAACCACAGACUUGAUGCUGCCAGGGAAGAGUCCAUACCUGAUGUUCACAAAUCGGCACGAAAUCCGCAAGAUAGACCUGGUGAAGAGGGAUUACACCCAGGUGGUCUCCAUGCUGAAGAACGCCAUUGCCCUGGACGUUGACGUGGCCACCAACACAGUGUACUGGUGUGACCUGUUCCAGCGCAGGAUAUGCAGCGCCUACAUCAACAAAGCCAGGGACUUGUCCCAGCAAGUGACCCUCAUCGACAGCUACCUGCACUCCCCCGAGGGCCUGGCCAUGGACUGGGUCCACAAGAACAUUUACUGGACCGACUCGAGGAAUAAGAGCAUUUCUGUGGCCACUGCUGACGGGAAGAAGAGGAGGACGCUGAUCACUAGUGAGCUCGGCGAGCCGCGGGCAAUAGCAGUGGAUCCAAAGCAGGGGUUCAUGUACUGGUCAGACUGGGGGAACCCAGCCAAGAUCGAGAAGGCUGGGCUGAACGGAGUGGACAGGCAGGUCCUGGUCUCCCACAACAUAGAGUGGCCCAACGGAAUCGCACUGGAUUUGCUGAGCAGGCGUGUGUACUGGGUUGACUCCAAGCUGCACCUGAUCUCCAGUGUGGACUUCAGCGGAGGCAGCAGGAAGGUCCUGCUUUCAUCUCCACACCACCUGGGUCACCCAUCCGCCCUGGCAGUGUUCGAGGAUAGGGUUUAUUGGACAGACCUUGAAAACAAAGCCAUUUACAGCGCCAGCAGGCUCACCGGACACAAUGUUUCCACGCUGGCGGAACACCUGAACAACCCGCACGAUAUCGUUGUGUUUCAUGAGCUCAGACAGCCCAAAGCUCCAGACAGCUGCAACGUGGGCUCUGUACCGAACGGUGGCUGCGAGUACCUGUGUCUCCCUGCACCCCAGAUCACAGAGCACUCCCCUAAAUACACGUGCGCCUGUGCGGACGGCAUGGAGCUGCAACCCGACAUGAGACACUGCCAGACUGGUGUCCCCACAGUGAGAACAAAAACAAAACCAAAAACCACCACUACAACCACCUCCAGCACUACCAGACCAGCGACCAUCCCAACUACCGCCCUCCACACAGCCAGCACAGCUGCCAGCCGCCCUGCCCCCUCCCAGCCUCCUGCUACAGUCCCAGAGGAGCUCAGCGAGCGCACCACCCUGCCACCGGCCAACCAACUGAGAGAGAACAGCAAUCUGUCACAUCAGUCUGGGGGUGAGCAGCAUCUUCUCGGAACCAGUGUCACAGUGGCAGUGAUUUGCAUCAUCAUUCCUAUAGCAGUGCUGCUCGGGCUGAUGUGCACGGGAGGCUAUCUGAUCUGGAGGAACUGGAGGAGGAAGAACACAAAGAGCAUGAACUUCGACAAUCCCGUGUACCGGAAGACCACGGAGGAGGAGGAGGAGGAAGGAGAGGAGAUCCACAUCGGGAGGACAGAGCAGAUCGGCCACGUCUACCCAGCUCGCGUGGCUCUGAGUCUGGAGGAUGAUGGAUUGCCAUGAGGGGAACGCCGGCCCGUCGUCCACGGCGACCGCGAGCCAAACCAGGAGAGCAACGGCUGCAGGUUCGAGGUGCUGAGAAAGCGGUGGGGUGGGGGAGCUUUUUUUUUUUUUUUUUUUUUUUUUAAACUUAUGUUUUUGUUACAUACCUGCAAAUCCUUUUUGUGAUCUUCAAGUUUAACUUGUUGUACUACUACUGCCCUUUUACAGAACUGAAGCAACCUGUUAAUGAUGACUAACCUCGUUGCCCAUCAUGUUUGUGUGGAUAGAGAGAAGCAAUCCACCACAGACUGGACUAGUUUACUGGUUAAUGGUUCACUGUUUCAGAUUUUUUUUUUUUUUUAAACUUUGUGGAUAGUGUUGCACUGAAAAGGCUGCAAUUUCACCACUGGCAGGCAAAAAGGAAGAGUGGCAGAGAGGGUUGGGGUGGGGGGUAGCUAGGAAGGGGCAGGUGUGAAAAUGGUUUGAGAUUGGUAACUGGUAAAGAAGAGCCCUGUGGAGAAUGGGUAGUGCCAGGUUAGUGAGCUGCGGGGGGUGGACUCUGUGCCCUUUACCAUAAGCAUUCAUCUCCACUAUAUCAAAGUGCUUGGGCAGCAUAGCCAUUGAGGUGGUAGUGAUGCUGUGUAACAGGGUAUUCUAUCAGCCUUUUUUAAACACAUGCAUGAACGAUCCACAGAGGGGAUUGGGAUUGCAAGAGAGCCCGUCCCAUGUCUCUCCCCACACUUUCUUACAAUGCCAAGGCUUUUGCGACAUCUUAGAACCCAGAGGCUCAGUGGGUUUGUACUGCUGUGCGAGUGGGGUCUCUUAGAACCCAGAGGCUCAGUGGGUUUGUACUGCUGUGCGAGUGGGGUCUCUUAGAACCCAGAGGCUCAGUGGGUUUGUACUGCUGUGUGAGUGGGGUCUCUUAGAACCCAGAGGCUCAGUAGGUUUGUACUGCUGUGUGAGUGGGGUCUCUUCCCUCUCCGCAGCUGAAUCAAGCAGGGGAAAAUCACUUCAUUGAGGUUUCUUAAUUAUUUUGCCAGCUCUCCACUUGGAUUCACAGUUACUGUAAAUGGUAAUGGAUAACACUGAGUGCUACUAGUAUGAAGCACACCACUAGGGGGCGCCAUGGUCAGACUGGAUGGGAUUCCUUAGCAGUUAAUAAGCAGAGCGCUGCAAAUCCUUCAGAAAUUGCCAGCUUUGGCAGAUUUAAAAUAUAUAAAACAUCACAUUUAAUGCUUCUCUGCAUGGUAAACCUUCAAGACACAGCAAAACAAGAUGGGCGUUUUAUACUUCAUUUCUUACAGUCCCAGCUUGAGUUUAGUGUUUUGACGUUAUAGGUUUAUUUAAUGCUUUGAGAAUCUCUCCCAUAGGAGUGGAUGAGAUUUCAAGAGUGUUUAUAACAAACGCAUUUCACCCUAGGAAGCGAAGGGCAGUCGACCCCAUGCAGCUUGGAGAGGAGAUGUGAUCAUUUACACGUCGGACAACAGCUUGCAGGGUGUCAUGUGCAAUAGCUAUCCUAACGUGUGAAGCCAGUGAUGACAGAAUCUUUUAUUAUUUUUAAUUCAUUCAUAAAAGCAGUAGAUAUUUUAAUAACUACUAAAUGCUAAACCCAGGUCAGUAUACUAGGAAAGUACUUGCCCUGCAGUCCUGUGAAUUAACUGGCACGGCACUGAGCAAUGCCUUUGUUCCACAGCUCCACCCUGGCCAUUACUGCUGCUGCUUGGUACCUGACAGAGUCACAGUCCCUUUGUUACCUGUGUUUUCAGACUUGGGGAAUUUCUAACACACCUGCUGGUUAUUAGUGUGGACUUGAUUCAUAAUGCAGCCAUAUCAGAGACCGUUCCAUUUUCUAUGCUGUUUGUUGCACAAACUUUGAAAUGCCUUCUGCACUGUGUACAAAAUCUAGGGGGAAGGGUGAUUUUUUUUUUUUUAAAUGGUAAUGAUUUGUAAAUACGCUUUCAUAUUGCAAACAUUUUGAUAAACAAUUCUGUAAAAAACUAUAAAAUACUGCAAAAAAAUAAAUAAAUAAAUGAGACUAGACCUUGAAUAUGACUUUUCGUGUGCAACAGCAGUGCAGUUUCCUGUUUUUGUAUUACUACUUGAUUGUAACACAAAUUAAUUCUCAGCCAAAGUGUUUUGUAUCUGUUUCGGUUUUGAUUUGUUAUUUCAUAAUAGAAUGGGUUUAUUCUAUGUUGCCUUUGUUGUACCCCGUUGUCUUUCUCUGUUUGUUAUUUGAGUUUGUUGUUUAAGUUAUUGGUGCCUUGUUGUACCCCGUUGUCUUUCUCUGUUUGUUAUUUGAGUUUGUUUAAGUUAUUGGUGCCUUUGUUGUACCCCGUUGUCUUUCUCUGUUUGUUAUUUGAGUUUGUUGUUUAAGUUAUUGGUGCCUUGUUGUACCCCGUUGUCUUUCUCUGUUUGUUAUUUGAGUUUGUUUAAGUUAUUGGUGCCUUGUUGUACCCCGUUGUCUUUCUCUGUUUGUUAUUUGAGUUUGUUUAAGUUAUUGGUGCCUUGUUGUACCCCGUUGUCUUUCUCUGUUUGUUAUUUGAGUUUGUUUAAGUUAUUGGUGCCUUGUUGUACCCCGUUGUCUUUCUCUGUUUGUUAUUUGAGUUUGUUGUUUAAGUUAUUGGUGCCUUGUUGUACCCCGUUGUCUUUCUCUGUUUGUUAUUUGAGUUUGUUUAAGUUAUUGGUGCCUUGUUGUA